GAUGGCUUUGACACAAACUGGGCGACUAUGUUCAGUGCAUUAUUCUCCUUCGUUGACCUGAUAUACUUGCCCCAAUGUCUUUCAGUUUAUGUGGUCGGAAGAAAUAACUUCACUAAAAGGGAUCCUCUUCUCCCAUGCUACACUUGAUUUUCAUCACUUUUAUUUUCAUUUCCUAGGCGCUAACAUAUGCCUCUGUCGUGGCGUGCUCGUUUGGCUUACUCUGUUGGUCACGUGCUAAACGAUCUGUGUGCUUCUGUUUGGUUCACCUAUACCUUAGUUUUCUUUAAAUUUGGAGUCAACAUACCCACCUCUCUUGCGGGAACUAUUGUUCUACUCGGCCAAGUUGCCGACGGGUUAGCGACGCUAUUCGUGGGAUACUUUUCCGAUCGAACUAAUGACCACGGUGACCACCAACUCGUCACUAGCGACCAAUUGAGCCAGACGAUGGACAAUGCUAGUGAUCACGGUCUUGUCUCUUUUCGCUCCUCUCGGAAUUAUCGCUUUUCAUCCUGGUGUCCAGCCGGUCGGAAGAGGUGGCAUCUCGCAGGCAGUCUUAUCGUCCUUUUCUCAUUUCCACUGUUGUUCGGCUCCCCUGUCGGAGCCAUGAACGCUAGUACCCUGGCGAAGAUGAUCUAUUACUGUCCCGUUGUUAUCCUCUUCCAAAUUGGAUGGGCUUAUGUUCAAGUUACACAUCUUGCCCUUAUGAAUGAUUUGACUUUGAAUCCCGGUGAGAGAACGCUGCUCACUUCACUUCGCUAUCUCUUCACUGUUUUGAGUAAUCUGGCCGUGUACCUCUCCACCUACUUUCUCCUGCUUGGGCGAAACUCUGACCAACUCCAGGAUUCCGUCGUUCCUCCUUCGGUCACGCCGUUAGUCCACACUAGUUGGCAUUUAAACCCUGCUCUCGUUCUAGCGAGCCAUCCAAGAUUGAAAUGGCUCUCCAGCAAUCAAGAGGAACCUGAGGAGGUUGUUGACUUCGGACGGGAGGAUCUUCCCGUCUUUCGGAAUCUGUCUCUCGUUAUUGUCGGUGCAGGCGCCUUAAUGACUGUUUUAUUCCACGUGGGUGUGCGCAAUUCCGAUCAAAUACCCGUCCUGCAUCUUAGUUACGAAUCCAUACCACCAGCAUCUGAUCAACCACAAGCCGCGGGCGAUAGUCCUGCAUCCUCUCGGCUCCCACGGUUGCAGAUUAGUUCCUGGAAAUCAUGGCUCCGUUUACCUCUUUUUUGGACUCAGGGUUUUUUCUACAUGACUGUUCGUGUGAUUGUCAAUGUAUCACAGCUACCCCGGCUCCCAACUCGAAGAAUUUUACGACGGAUUUACAACUGCGAUCCUCGACUACUUGGAACUCUCCUUUUGCAUGGUUGCCGGUGAUGUUAACAGAUCUGACACAAGAUUCAUUGCGAAUCUCGGGCUAAAGAACAUCGUACAAUCUCCAAUCAGGCGUAUAUCACAGUGUACUUGUUACACUCGCUGCAUCUUCCCAAAAGUACCAUGGCCUUGGUCCCACUGACCAUCUACUUAACCAGCAUUCUUUCCUUGGUUGUACAGAAACCGAUUCAAGAUCGAAUAAGCCGUGAGUUAAACACAGUUACCGGACUCCUAUUCGUAGCAUCUUUCUGCGUUCUGGCGAAUUACCCAGGUGACCCCGUCCAGUUAUAUCGUGUUUACAUCGCCGCAAGUCUUCUUGGCAUUGGUUGUACCAUCAUACUAAUAACCGCGUUGGCCAUGGUAUCCGACCUGAUCGGAGGUAAUCCAGAUAACGGCGCUUUCGUCUAUGGUUAUAUGUCCUUCAUUGACAAGCUGAUCAAUGGAAUUGUUAUCCAGUUGAUCGAAACCCUAUGGAACACAAUACCGUCCGACCGCUAUUAUAAAAAUGUGGAGGUCUAUGGCAUCGGCGGCUGGAUCGUCGCUGGUGUUGCUUUUCUUAUUUUACAAACAGUGUGCAAGUAUAGAACCUACGGGACACUCAGCUUGUUCCGCGCUGCAAAUCAGUCUACCGAUUGAUACGAGGAUCAUUUGCCCAUGUGUAUCUAGUCCCCAACUACCUCGAGAUUUGAACUCCAGCCCUGCUCAUGUGAUUUAUCCCGUUUUUAACCGGAUCAUCGUUGAUAUACAUAUCCACUUUUAAUAGAUUCCUC